UGCUGCAAUUGCAAAAGCUCGAGUUCAGCCUCGGGAGCGGCGGGCCGGCCCGCGUGCCGCAGCAGCCCCUUUAAAAGAGCGGAGUUACAGUAUUGGGAUCCUUGAAACCUGAAACCUAGAACCCGAACCGAAGCGGAAACCAGAAGGAAAACCUUGAACUCCUCGAGACAAUUGCUUCCGGGGAGUUUCGGGAGAACGAGGGGGGAUCCGGGGCCCGAGAGGAGGGUCCCGCGGAUGGCGCGUCCCUGAGGGUCCUGGCGAGUUCGAGGAGCGUGGGAAGAGAGGACCCGACCCUCUCCCAGGGCUGCAGGUCAUGGCCACCGUGGAGCAGAAAGCCCUUGGCAUUGGCUUCAAGUGUCUCUCUUUGGCCACUUUUGUGCUCCUCUGCGCGGGACAAGGGGGACGCAGGGAGGAAGGGGGCCCAGCCUGCUACGGGGGAUUCGACCUGUACUUCAUUUUGGACAAAUCAGGAAGUGUACUGCAUCACUGGAAUGAAAUAUAUUACUUUGUGGAACAGCUGGCUCACAAAUUCAUCAGCCCACAACUAAGAAUGUCCUUUAUUGUCUUCUCUACUCGAGGAACAACAUUAAUGAAGCUGACAGAAGAUAGGGAGCAGAUUCGUCAGGGUCUGGAAGAACUCCAGAAGGUCCUGCCCGGAGGAGAUACUUACAUGCAUGAAGGAUUUGAAAGGGCCAGUGAGCAGAUUUAUUAUGAAAACAGUCAAGGAUACAGGACAGCCAGCGUCAUCAUUGCUUUGACUGAUGGAGAGCUCCAUGAAGAUCUCUUUUUCUAUUCAGAGAGGGAGGCUAACAGAUCCCGAGAUCUUGGUGCAAUUGUUUACUGUGUUGGUGUAAAGGACUUCAAUGAAACUCAGCUGGCCCGGAUUGCCGACAGUAAGGAUCAUGUGUUUCCUGUCAAUGAUGGUUUUCAGGCUCUGCAAGGCAUCAUCCACUCUAUUUUGAAGAAGUCAUGCAUUGAAAUUCUAGCAGCAGAGCCAUCCACCAUAUGUGCUGGAGAAUCAUUUCAAGUAGUCGUGAGAGGAAAUGGCUUCAGACAUGCCCGCAACGUGGACAGGGUCCUGUGCAGUUUCAAGAUCAAUGAUUCAGUCACACUCAAUGAGAAACCCUUCACUGUGGAAGACACUUAUUUGCUGUGUCCAGCACCUAUCUUAAAGGAAGUUGGCAUGAAGGCUGCACUCCAGGUCAGCAUGAACGAUGGCCUCUCUUUCAUCUCCAGUUCCGUCAUCAUCACCACCACACACUGCUCCGACGGCUCCAUCCUGGCAAUUGCGCUGCUGAUCCUCUUCCUGCUCCUGGCCCUGGCUCUUCUCUGGUGGUUCUGGCCCCUCUGCUGCACUGUGAUUAUAAAGGAGGUCCCUCCACCACCUGUGGAAGAAAGCGAGGAAGAAGAUGAUGAUGGUCUCCCGAAGAAAAAGUGGCCUACGGUUGAUGCCUCUUAUUAUGGUGGGCGAGGCGUUGGAGGCAUUAAAAGGAUGGAGGUUCGAUGGGGAGAAAAAGGUUCCACAGAAGAAGGUGCCAAAUUGGAAAAGGCAAAGAAUGCAAGAGUCAAGAUGCCAGAGCAGGAGUACGAAUUCCCAGAACCUCGAAAUCUCAACAACAACAUGCGUCGGCCCUCAUCUCCCCGGAAGUGGUACUCUCCCAUCAAGGGGAAGCUUGAUGCCUUGUGGGUUCUUCUAAGAAAAGGAUAUGAUCGUGUGUCCGUGAUGCGUCCACAGCCUGGAGACACGGGGCGCUGCAUCAACUUCACCAGAGUCAAGAACAACCAGCCGGCCAAGUACCCCCUCAACAAUGCCUACCACACCACCUCGCCACCUCCUGCCCCCAUCUAUACGCCCCCACCCCCUGCACCCCAUUGCCCUCCCCCACCCCCCAGUGCUCCCACACCGCCAAUUCCAUCCCCUCCUUCCACCCUUCCCCCUCCUCCUCAGGCCCCGCCUCCCAACAGAGCACCACCUCCCUCCCGACCUCCUCCUAGGCCUUCUGUCUAAAACCCAAAGUUCAUGGCUCUGAGCUCUCAGAAACUUUGGGGAGGAGACUCUACUGUGGUGUUAGAUCAAGUCUUUCUAGUUAAAGGAGUCUUCCACUUUGGAAAUGAGUGGUGAUAAGGCCCACUGACAUUCACAUACCUUCAAAAAUUGUUUUGUAAUGCCAGCACAUUGGCCAAUUGUGAUCAGAUGAAGGAAAUCAAAAUUUUGAAAUGACUAAAAACAAAGGAGACAACCACAGCCUCAAUUCUAGCCAGCCCACUAACCAUCACUUCUAGAAGGUUCCGAGAGUGUGUGAAGCUGCUGAGAUUCUCUAAAUGGGAUUGAGUCUCAUGGAGAGCAAUGAGAACAUCAUUUCUCUGAGGGUAAAAUGCAGAGUUGAUUAGGAAAUAACUUGGUUGGGUUUCUAAAAGAUGUUUCCUCUCCUCCACUCUUCAGAGGCAUUGGCCUAAGAACCAAGGGCUCUUCACCCAGGAAGGUAGAAGUCCUUUUUCUACAAUGCUGGGGAACUUAAGAUUCCCAUUGUGGAAAGAAACUCAACAUCAGACAGGUACCCAAAAGCCCGCUCUCCUGUGAUUUGCAGAGGAGUAAAUUCCUUAUUUUUAUUUCAAACUCUCCCACUUUCCAAGGGAGAGAGAGAGCAGGUAUUUAGAGAUGGAAAAGAGGUAUGUUGCCAGGUUGCUGUGUAAGUGAAAUCAGGUGUAUGCAUUGACAUGGGGAAGACUUAUGAGAGCAUCAUAUAGUUUCUAAACCCCACAGAUUAUCAGCAGCUAGAAGUGGCUGGUUUUGGUACAAUAUGACCCCUUACACAAUAGACAAUAACACUGUCAAGGAAAACCUGUUAAUGAUUCGUGUUAAAAAUCAGUAUUUGUCUUUAGUCUGAAUGAAGAAGUUAUUGACCCCAUUUUCCAAAGACAAAUGUGAGUUGAACUUCCCAAAAUGACAUCACUCGUCCCUGCCAUAUAGUUCCACACUUUGUUUUUCUUCCUUUCUUGGUUAAGGUGUGCAGCCAAGACUUCCACAUAGACCUAAAAGAUAAUGUACCUGACACGAUAAGAAAAUUAUUCCUAGCCUUUUUGAUUAACGUCCCAAAAAGUACAGGUGGUGACUACAAAAAAUAUUGUUCCUUGGCGUUUCAACAUAUUCACAUAAUCUGCUGUAAGCAAGGAAAAUAUACAACGUGACCACCCUGAGUGACUAGCACCUACUCCUCCAAGUCUUUCUGAAUCUGUUCCCAUUAGCAAGCCCUUUAAUCACUUUAUAGAUUGGGUUUCACCAUCCAGAGGUAAAAACAGGGGCUAUUGACAGGCUUUUGCACAAAAUUAUUCAAAAAUUUCACCCCCCUUUAGCAUUCCAUAGGUAUUAAAAUUCCUCUAAACCUCGUGAAUUGUGAAACCUUUUCUAAUAUCAAAUUAGAGCUUUAAGCUGUACUCACCAAAGAUCCUUCAGAAAUCCAUCAAGUCAAAUUAAUUCCAUUGCAUGGAACAGGGACAGAAGGACCUGACUUGCAUUUUAUCAACACCAACUUUGUAGCCAUAGAUCACCCAUCACUGUGCUAUUCUAAUGAAGACUAAUUAUUUCUUUGUCAAUCAUGACCCCAAAGAGCCACCACUCACCACUCACCAGUUAAAAUUGAAAAUAGAUGGGCCCUAAGUGCCACCCUUUUCUUAGAAAGUGGAAACAGAGAUUGCAGAGGAGACUGAGGAAUCCUUUGGGCAUAAAAGGUAUAGUGAGGGAGAAAUAGAUCUAACAGAGGGCCCUAGAGGGGAACUAUAUGCACUAAAUCUGCAGUGCCAAAACUAAACCCAUAUUUCUCCCAGCAUACCUCGGACCUAGCAUUCCUCCAAGUCUGCCACUUCCAGAAAGACCCUUCCAGAUUUCUCAUAGAGCGAAAAUCAGAGACAGUUUGUAAGACUUAAGAAAUCAACCUCUCUCCCUACCCUCCCAUCCCAGUUCUAUAUUUAGAACACUAGUUUCUUCUUUAGUGUAAACUCACGAAGCAGGGGCAGAAUGUCUCAGCUACCUGCAGUGACAUUGCUGGACUCCAGAAAACCAUUCCAUAAGAGAAUGGGCUCCCUAGGCUCACAAUGUAGAGGUGUUGAGCCCAUGGCAACUGUUUUGACUGCUGGCAGUACAAAAUGGUCCACCCCACACCACUGCUGCAUAACUCAUUGCACCAUAGAAAGUUCAAGCCAAGAUGCUGUCAUUUUUGUGCAAGAUGGUGGGCAACAGGUGAGAAUGUAACAUUCAGGAUCUCAGUAGCACAUUAAUCAUAACCAAGUACAGUUUUCAAGAUAUUUUGGUGAACUUUUUGAUGAAAUAGGGAACUGCAAAUAUCUGAUGAUUGGGAAAAGAAUUAGUAGGGUUUGACCUUGAAACUAACUCCUCAGGUCUUCCCUAGCCAUUUAGAAGUACAGUUGAGGAGAAGCUUCUUUCCUGUAUGAACAAGGCAAUAUUUUAAUAGUAGGCUGUUAGCAGGCUGAAAAAUUCUUUAACUGGUUCCUAAAAGCGAUCAGUACUUGUAUCAUUCCCCGUAAUAGGCAGCAGACAUAUGAUUGUGAUCAGAAAAUUGCACAAAAUUAUUUUUCAAUCUCUUAUUUUCCUCAAUAAGUUCCUUUUUUUUAUAAAGCCCAAUUUCUCGUUGUAUAUAUUCGUAUUCCAUGUGUUAGAUGGAAGCAUUUUCUACCCAGUGUGAAUAAAAAGAACAGUUGUAGUAAAUUAUUAUAAGGCCAAUGAUAUUUCAUGGCAGGUGAUUCUCCCAAGCUGUGCUUGUUGGUUUUUCCCAUGACUAUUGCUUUUCUAAAUGUACAAAUAGUUACUGAAAAGACGAGACCCUUGUUUGCACAGCAUUAAUAAGAACCUUGCAUUCCAUGCUCUCCUGUGUUAUUUCCAACUCACAACCAACUUAUGACCUAAAAUUUGACACAUACUUCAGUGAGAAACAAGGUCUCCUGGUAAAGUCAAAAACAAAACUGGUGGAUAAAUGAUAUUCAUGAAUAUUUGACCUUAGGCAACCUCAUUGUAAAUAUCACUAGAAUGGCCAGAGAUAUUCUCGAAGUCUUACAUAUACUGAAGUGCAAAUGCAGUGUCAGAUGAGGGCAAUCUAUUAAAGAACUAGAAGUGAUAAUCAGGUUAUAAGCAACAGUUUUGCCCUAGUACAAACCCAACAAAAUAGUUAAUGCUGUGUAAAACGGGUUGAACUAGUUUGCAAUUAUAUAAAGGUAGAUGCAGUACAAAGCCCGUUAAUGCACAACAGAAGGAAAUGAGAUGUUCUAGAGUUAUCUUUUCUAGUUAUCUGAGCUCUGCUAUAUUAUCAUACUUGGAUAACCAAUUUAAAAGAAUUAGAAUAUGAUCUUUUAAAUACACUUAACGUUAAACUUUUCUUCUAAUUCUUUCUUUUUUCUGUGAUAAUUCAGAAGACAGUAUGGAUCUUCAGUGCCUGAGUCAUUGUUAUAAAAAUUCAGUUAUCACUGUACAAUGCUAUAGAAGACUGGGAUAAACCUGUACAAUGACAAACCCUGGAAGUUGCUUUUUUAAAAAAAAAUUAAAUAAUAAAUUUU